AUGAUUGAUGAGGCCGUCCUCCCAAACAUCGGAGAGGGAAUCUUGGAAGUGGAGGUGUUGCAAUGGUUUGUUGCUCCCGGCGACAGCGUGAGCCAGUUCGACAAGCUGUGCGAGGUCCAGAGCGACAAGGCGAACGUCGAAAUAACCAGCCGAUACGAUGGUGUGGUGCGGAAUGUUCACUGGAAUGUUGGCGACAUGGUUCAGACGGGCGCUGUUCUAGUGGACAUCGAGGAGCGAGCGGCUUUUUCCGCGGGGAUUUCCACACCGAGGCAGCCGUACUUGUCGUCGGCUGAAAGUACGGGGGUGCCGCAGCUUUCGGUGCCGAGUUCGCAACACCCAGCAGUGGCGCCGCCGGCUCCUGCUGAAAUGGUCACCCCGGAGAGCACCGGGGGGACGUCAUUCGGAAAUGGAGGAGGCGUUGGCGACCUUGAGGGAAGCGGGCCGGCGAGGAGACAGGGAGAGGGGGUAGAGGUGGCGUCAGAGACAGAAGAAGGGGGGCAGCAGCAGCGGUCACGACGUGAGGCAAAGGAGCCUUUCGCGGUGCCGAUAAAAGGAGUCCAGCGGGCGAUGAUGGAGGCGAUGCGGAAGGCCCUCGAGGUGCCGCAUAUGACCUUCUGCGACGAGGUCAACGCGGACCGCCUGGGCAAGCUGAGGUCCGACCUUAAGGUGGCCGCCGAGCGGCGGGGUGCCAGGCUGAGCUACUUGCCUCUCAUCGUCAAGGCCACGUCGAUGGCUCUCACCGCCUUCCCUACUCUCAACGCCAGCCUGAGUGAAGACAACAAGUUCCUGCUGCAGCAUCCAGGCCACAACAUCGGGGUUGCGAUGGACACGGAGAAGGGACUGCUUGUUCCUUGCAUCGCCAACGUGGAGGAGAUGAGCGUCCUCGACAUCGCGGAGGAACUGAACACCCUCCAGAGACUCGGGGCCGCGGGAAAGCUGGGAGAGGAGGAACUUGCGGGAACGACUUUCACACUGUCCAAUAUCGGGAGCAUCGGCGGCACCUACGCAUCACCCGUCAUUCUCCACCCCCAGGUCUGUAUCGGCGCCCUCGGGCGCAUGCAGCGGGUGCCCCGCUUCGAUGCUGUCGACACGGACAAGGUCGUGGCCAGCAAGGUGAUCCCGGUGUCCUGGUCGGCCGACCAUCGCGUCGUGGACGGAGGCACCCUCGCCCGGUUCUCGAACACGUGGAAGGCUUACUUGGAAAACCCCGCUCUAAUGCUCGCCGAUACUCGUUGAUGGGCCACUGAUCGGAUCAAUCCACCGGGCCGCUGCUGAGGAGUUUUUCCUCUGUGCUGCCUGGUUUGAGUCUGGGCUGUUAUUUGUCUGAGCUGCUAGCCCGUGGUGCUAGUGGUGGUCGGAGGCACCGGCCUCUGCCGAACUGGUUGGUGAUGUACUCAUUUCGUUCGCUCGGCUGAGCUUUGGCGCGGGGCGAGAGCAUUAGGGAGUCCAUCUUGGGGUUCGGUCAGUGUUGUACAAAGUCGCUGCGCUAUUUGGGAUAUUUUUUAUCAGGGGGGACGAGAGCCCCAUUGGGCUUAGAAGGGUAGUCAAAGGUAGAGGGCAGGACGUGCUUGUCCGCGAGUUAUUGCAUGCAAUGGUUGCGGCUGUGUGAUGCUUUGGCAUGGCCUUUCGAGAAUAUGAUGUCAUGAUCUCUCCUCCAAUGGUAGCGGUCAAGAGGGGAUGUGGAGUGAAGGUCGACAAAAUGUGAAUUGUGAAUGGGGAAGUUCGAAGGACGUGGAGCUCCAAUUUGUAGGAUGUUGCGACGUGCAUGGGAAAUCGCACUGGUGACGUUGUUUCGCGCCUUCCUGUCUGUGUUGUGGGCGUGCUAUCGUACGCUGCUCUUCUCUGGUAGAAUGUAACUACAUGAUGUAGAUAUGUAUCAAUAGUCGGUGGGGGUGUUGUCGCUUGCAUCAUCGGUGGAGGGAGAGGUCGUCGAUGCUGACAGUACCACAGUUGCCGCCUUUGUUUGUUGGGUGCCAUUGAUGCAGCUCUUACCCAGCAACGCAUAUUGUUUUUGUGCGUAUAAAGGCUCACCGCGAACUAACGCCGGCACGCCUUGCAUGUAGAGGCUGCCCCAAAACGUUGGUCGGGGUGCAAACGUCUAAGGUGUUCCGGGUUGGUGUCUCCACAUUUUCCCCUU